AUGCUCAGAUCGAGCUUGAGGGGAGCACUGCGCUCAGUCCCGUCGCGGAUAUCCGCUGCUGCAGCCAGGCAGAGCGUCCGCUCCCUCUCCAACUCGGCACCAACACGUUCGACCACCAAGGACCUUCAGAAGCCGCUCGCGUUUGCCUUUGACAUCGACGGCGUGCUCAAGGCAGGUCCCAUCGUUCUUCCCGAAGCGAAGCGCGCGCUCCAAAUACUUGAGGGAAACAACCCACGCAACCAAAAGAUCCCCUACAUCUUCAUCACCAAUGGCGGCGGCAAGCACGAGUCGGCUCGCGCAACCGACCUCGCCAGAGAGCUCGAGGUGCCAGUCACUCCGGAACAGGUCAUCCAGGCGCACACCGUCAUGAAGUCGCUCGUCCCGCUUUACGCCGACAAACCCAUCCUCAUGGUCGGCGGUCCGGAAACGCCCCCAAACGCCGCAAGAGACGUCAUGCGCAGCUACGGCUUCAACAACGUCUACACCACCCUCGACCUCCACGCACACGCUCCCGCCGCCUGGCCCUUCUCCACCGUUCACCCCGAUCAGCUUCCAUAUGUUCGAAGAGACGACUUUUCCAAGGUCCAGUUUGCCGCCAUUCUCGUCUUCCACGAUAGCAGAGAGUGGGGCAGGGAUACCCAGAUCAUCAUCGACAUCCUCAGAUCCCACAACGGCGUCUUCGGUACAGAGCACCCGCCUUCAGAGCCGCUCCCCGACAAGCAGAUCCCCAUCUACUUUUCCCACGGCGACUUGCUGUGGGGCAAUGACCACAGCGUUGUCCGCUUCGGCCAAGGUGCCUUCCGCCUCGCCAUCGAAAAUGUCUACAAGCACACGACUGGACGCGAGAUGGAAUCGACCGUCUUCGGCAAGCCCUAUCGCAUCACCUACGACUAUGCCAACGAGCUGCUGCGCCAGCAUCUUAUCAGCAUGGCACCCGCAUCUUCCGCCACCGCCGAGGCCGCCAAGCUCGUCGGGCCCUCGGUCUGGAUGGUCGGCGACAACACCGAGAGCGACAUCCGAGGCGCCGUCGACUUUGGCUGGUCCUCUGCGCUCGUACGCACAGGCGUCUACAAGGACCACAACGGCCCACCCAACUACACCCCCACCAUCCUCGUCGACAACGUAGAGCAAGCCGUCAUCCAGGCCAUCCAGAGGGAAUGGAACCUCUGA